AAAAAAAAGUCAAAAACACAAGUGACUUUGGAAAACGAAAGAAAGAUCACCAUAUUGUCAUAGCCUUAGCAACUAAGUAAGAUUAGUAGCUAAAUGGACGGAUCUAGUGGGCAUGGAGGUAGAGAUGGUGGCAGGACUGGAGAUAUGUUGUUACGAAAUUACAAGCUUGGGAAAAGGCUUGGUUUUGGUGCCUCUGCCACAGUCAAACUUGCAGAGCAUGUAUUGACCGGUCUUAAAGUUGCUAUCAAGAUCAUUAACAAACAUGAAAUUCGAAAGAUCAAGGACAUGGAAGAAAAGGUGAGAAGGGAAAUGAAAAUAGCAAAACUAUUAGUGCAUCCUCAUAUUGUACGACUAUAUGAGGUCAUAGAAACAUCCACAGACAUUUUUCUUGUGUUGGAGUAUGCUGAGUCCGGAGAGCUCUUUGACUAUAUUGUUUAUAAAAAUAGGUUGAAUGAGAAUGAAGCUCGUAGUUUGUUUCAGCAGAUCAUUUCUGGUGUGGAGUAUUGUCAUAGAAAUAUGGUGGUUCAUAGAGACCUUAAGCCUGAGAAUUUGCUUUUGGAUUCUAAAUACCAUGUCAAGAUUGCUGAUUUUGGUUUCAGCAAUAUACUGCGUGAUGGCCGUUUUCUGAAGACCAGUUGUGGUAGCCCCAGCUAUGCAGCUCCAGAGAUUUUAUUUGGUAAGCUGUAUGCUGGACCUGAAGUAGAUGUUUGGAGCUGUGGUGUUAUUUUGUAUGCUCUUCUUUGUGGCAAACUUCCUUUUGAUGAAGGAAAUAUUUCAGACUUUUAUAGAAAAAUAAAGCAUGGCAUAUACAAUCUACCAAUGUCUUUACCUCCUGGUGCAAGAGAUUUGAUUAGAAGAAUCCUUGUGGUUGAUCCAACGAGGCGAAUGACUAUUCCUCAGAUUCGCCAGCAUCCAUGGUUCAAGGCUCAUCUUCCUUGCUACUUGACAGUGCCCCCACUAGAAGCAAAUCAGCUAGCAAAAAAGAUUGAUGAACAAAUUCUUCAAGUGGUGAUUAAUAUGGGUUUUGACAGGAAUCAACUGAUUCAAUCUCUUUUCAAUAGAGUUCACAAUGAGGCUACUGUUGCAUACUACUUGCUACUGGAUUAUCAGUACCGUGGUUCAAGUGGAUAUCUUAAAGCUGAAUUUCAGGCAUCAAUGGAAAGUGGUAUCAACCAAAUGCAUCAGAGUGAACCAAUACCAAGAUAUAUGAAUUAUCAAGGGAUAGGUCAAAUACCACAGCUCCCCCAAGAAAGAAAAUGGUCUCUUGGACUUCAGUUCCAAGCCAAUCCUCGCGAAAUAAUGACAGACGUGCUUAAAGCUCUGCAAGAACUACGAGUGGGCUGGAAAAGGAUCGGUCACUAUAACAUGAAGUGUAGGUGGAUACCUGGAAUUUAUGGUCACAACAGUCAUCACUUAGAGGAUGAUGACUCCAAUAUCAUGGAAAGUGAUGAUGCUGCCAUGAAGGCAUCCAAUGUGGUCAAGUUUGAAGUUCAACUCUACAAAACCAGGGAGGAGAAGAAUCUACUCGAUUUACAACGAGUCCAAGGUCCACAGUUUUUGUUCUUGGAUCUUUGUGCUGCCAUUCUUGCUCAGCUGCGUGUGCUAUGAAGCAAUGGAAACUGUUCUGUGACAAUUGUGAAUAAUAAGAAAUAAGUCUAUUUGAGCCCCAUUUUGGACACUGAUGUGUGGUACAUACAUAUUAGUAUUACUCUGCUAAAUCACUUUCUCAGCUUAGAUUACACGUUUUGUAAUUUUUCUUUUGACAUUUUAAUGGGUUUGUGGACUUUUAAUUUUCUUUUUUAUAUAUAAUUAAUUAAUUG